AUGGUCAUUUUAGAUGCAAGUGGGUCUGUGAGUUCGGUCAUUAAAAGUCCGCGAUCGAUCCAUACCACGCCUUGUUCUCCCGCGUCUGGAUCGACUCCAAAAACCCUCCCCAAAACCCUCUCCUGUUUCGAUCGAAUCUCACCUCGCUCCUGGCGAAAUCGGAACGGGAAGGAAGAAAAGGAGGUACCUGUUCUUGAUCUGGUCGAGAUCGGAGUCCGCGGUCGUAGUAAUUUGGGCUCUUUCGUUUUCGAAUGGGUCGCCGGAAGUAGGGUUCGGAGAAGGGGGCGAGCAGGAAGUUAUAUGGAUUUGAAGGUGGAGGAGGCCGUUGCGGUGGUGGGGAAGACGGUUGGUGUGGAAAGAUCGGGUUUCGGCCGGAAGCGGCUCGUCCGGAUCCACUUCGGCGACGCCGAUGCGACCGAUUCGUCGUCGAGCGACGAGGGGUCCGGCGCUGAGCGCCGGAUCAAGCGGCAGGUGUUCGAGAUCCGAGUCGCGGUUCCCUCCGCGACUCCGACGCGCAAGGCGGCGGAGCGGAAGAAGUCGGCGGUGAAGAGGGGAGCGGCGCCGGUGGCGGCGGAGUCGAGCGAGAGGAUUCGGUUCCGCGGGGUGCGGAUGCGGCCGUGGGGCCGGUGGUCGGCGGAGAUCCGCGACCCGCACCAGCGGAAGCGGGUGUGGCUCGGCACCUUCGACACGGCGGAGGCGGCGGCGGCGGCCUACGACUCGGCCGCGGUGAGGCUGAAGGGGUCGAAGGCGGUGACCAACUUCCCGACCGAGGCACCGACGGAGGCCAUGCCGCAGUCCGAAAACAAGGACGGACCCUUCCCGGUGUCACUGUGGUCGCCGACGUCGGUGCUCCGCUACGGCGACGAACCGUCGCCGUUCGACUGCUUCGCGGAACCGGCGCUCGACCUGUCGUUCGGAGUCGACGCCUACGACACGUCCUCUUUGUUCCUGUCCGACUCAUUCUGGGAGCGUCUGCCGAGGCCGUGGGAGGGGGAGGUCGGUGAUUUCAACGCCGACGAUUUCGACUAGCAGAGUCGCCGUCGGCAGCCGAACGGAAUAACGAAGUGAGCCGCCCCGGGGAGGGCAAAGCCGUAAUUUUGCAGAGAUAUUUAUGGUUUUUGAAUCGGAAGCUUGGAAAAAAAAGGAGCUUUUCUUGGAAUUCAAGCAUCGGAAAAAGCCCGUGGAGUUUUUUCUUCUACGUAAUCAAAUUUUCAAUUUUUGAUGGCUGCCAUCGUGUAAGAAAAUAAUAAAAUUGUGGGUCGAAAUAAAAAAAAUUGAGUUCCUCUCUA